UUAAAAUACAGGGGACAUGUCACUAAUUAUUGCCGAAGGAAAGCCCUCAAAAGAAAAGAUCCACAGAAAGUAAUUUGUUGCAUGAGGCCUAAACAGAUCGUUCAUUAUGUGUGACGCUGGUAAAUUUCAUUAACAAUACAACAGAAAAUUAGCCAAAUGGAAGGAGGAGAGAGAAAAAAGGAAUCAUUGCAGCUUACUGAUUUGCCCUGGGAUGAUGUUAUUUUCCGACAUAUAUUUCCAAGGUUAUCUGCUUGGGACCUCUGUCGUUUACGGAGUGUUUGUCAAGGAUUUCGCGAACUUCACAUCCACUACAUGGCUUCAUGUACUAAUUUAGAUUUGUCAAAAUGUAAAAUGACGAAUGAAGUAUUCCAAAAGACUGUGCCAUGUAAGUGCUUGCGUUGGAUAUCUGUCGCCUAUUGUGGUUGGAUAGUGGAUGAUUCUUUGGUUCAGCUCUUCCUUAACAACCGUAAUCUUCUCUCAGUGAAUCUCAAUGGCUGUGAAGGUCUCAAUGGAGCAGCUUUGCAGUCAGGACUACAAAAAAUUGAUGUAAGAGGCUGUUGGGAUGUUGAUGAUGAAACCUUCAAGAAUUUCUUCAUGAAGUUUCCAGGACUGAAGGAAGUUAGACUGUCCAGAGUAGAAGCAGUUUCAGAUAAUACACUAUACUUCUUAGCUCAUGGCUGCCCCGAGCUGGAGGUUCUGGAUGUGUCACAAUGUUGGCGUGUUAGUGAAAAUGGCAUUAAACAGGUCAUUGAGUACUGUAAAAGGCUCAGAGUACUUAAUGUGGAAGGUUGCAGAGACAUAUCUGAAACCUAUCUGUGCAGUUUGCAGAUCAAAAGAAUAAAAGUCAUCCCACAUCACAGUGUUUGUGAAAUUGCCAAGAAAAGAAGACGGGUCAACCAUCUAGGCAUCAAUAUUCAAAUCUAGUCGUUUCAAAAAUCUUUUAUGGAGUUAGUAUAUCAUACUGAUUUUAAAUUGAAGUUAUAAUACAGUAUUUAUAAGGUGCAUCUUCAAGUACCAAUGUAUUUCAAGUAAAAUGUUGAUCUUAUAAAAAGGGACUAUUUUUAUAAUGAGUUUAGUAGAUUUUAUUCUUAAGAAAAUGGAUUGAGAGGAAAAGUUUACUGCAGUAUAAUAUUUGCCUGUCUGACAUAUGCUGCAUAAAACAGAGCUUUAUUAGUCUUUGGCCAGUUGUCUUUUGGUGAAAAAAUAAAUUAGAUAAAAAAUGUGUGUAGAAACUAGUAUCCUUGGGUGAUUGUUCCACAUAUUUCGAGUUGAUAUUGUUAAUAGAAAUAUGGAUCUGGAGAUUAGUUUUCUUGGUAGGUGGUACCACAAAUCUUAAGUUCAUAUUGUUAACUGCAUUGGCAUCUCCAUUGGGGAUUAUAUGAGCAUUUGAGAAUUGUCAUUACCAUUUGAGAUUCUUAAGCUGAUGUAACCCUUUGUCAAUCACUGUUCUGAUUCUUGUUUUUGUACAUGAACUUUCCUGUCAGAUAUAU